GGAAACUUUUGAUUACUGAAUAAAAUUAAAUAUUGUUUUACCAUCGAUUUCGCAGAGGUUGUUCUAAGAUUACGCUAAAAUGGAUACGGAUAAUUUAACGAAACAGAUUGAAGAAGUUGAGGCAUUGAGCUCAAUCUACGGUGAAGACUGGACAACAGAAUGUGCGGCAUCCAAGUCAUAUAACAUUAAAAUUAAAGAGAACGACAAAGAAGUAAUAUUGUAUGUUACCAUGACUUCCGAGUAUCCAUCUCAGGGACCUCCGAAGUAUGAGUUAUCUGCUCCAUGGAUGGACAGAAAGGCUAAAGAAAAUCUUCAUCAUUGCUUGGAUGAAGUCUAUCUAGAGAAUGUGGGCGAAACAGUAAUAUUUCAAUGGGUUGAGAAAAUAAGAGAAAUCCUACAGUUGAUAGUUCCACAGACAGAGAAAGAAGAGAAGGAUACCAAAUGUAUUGAAGAAACUAUUGACUUGUCCCAGCUCGAUAUAAAAUGUCCAGAUAUAACCCAUGGGGAAGUGAUAUUUGAUCGAAAAAGCUCUUUCCAAGGUCACGCGGCGGAAGUGCAUAGUGUUGACGAUGUAAAUGCUGUCCUUUUUAAAUUAAAACAAAACAAGAAAAUACUGAACGCCACACAUAAUAUGUACGCAUACAGAAUAGAAAGGCAGACAAAUAAAGGUCCGUCUAUAUUACAAGACUGUGAUGAUGAUGGGGAGAGUCAUGCAGGGAGCAGAAUGUUGCACCUACUACAGAUACUUGAUCAGAAGAACACACUCGUAGUAGUGUCUAGAUGGUAUGGAGGGAUACAGCUAGGCCCAGAUCGAUUUAGACACAUCAACAAUGCUACACGACAAGUUAUACAGCAGGCAGGACUUCUAAAGAAAUGACGAAAA